AGCGCAACUACCAGUUAAUCGUUUGUUUAUUUAAGAAAAUGGCUGACCCUUUAGCAAAGUAUGGAAUUUAUAUCGAUGAUUUAAGUAAGAUUCGUGUAUUAGAACCAGAAGUUGCAAAUCAGACAAAUAAGCUUAAAGAAGAAUGUAAAAAUUUCAUUUCGAAAAUUAUUGAAUUUCAAACCAAUUCCGAUGAAUUUAUAGAAAUAAUAGAUCAAAUAGCAAAUGAGGUGGAAAAAGAAAAAAUGAAAACUAUUGGAACCCGAAACUUGCUUCGAUCUAUUGAAAAAGAAAGAGAUGCUCAAAAACAACAAAUUCAGGCACAGAUAGUUGAAAAAUCUAUGGAACUUGAGAGACUUCGUAUACAAUACGAUUCUUUAAAAAAAAUCGAAAUGGAACAAUUAGAAACUAUUGAACAAUUAACAGUGAAUUAAAAAGUUGAAAAGCUGAAAUUAAUAUUUAUUAAUCUAUUUAUCUAUUUCUAUUAAAUAUAUUUUGAAUGUUUGCACUUUUCUUUAGAAAAUAAAUUGAUCAUAAAUUAAGGAAAAUAAAUAAAACUAUUAAAUAUGAUUAGAGUGACAUAUAUUAUGAAACAAAAUAUUUAUACAUAAGUUUAUGACGAAAUUUGUAAUUAAGACGGUGUCGGAGUUUAAACCUUUCUUAAUAAGACGGCAUCAAAUGUACACACAUAUCGUGAAGGUUCUGAACCCCUGAAUCAGAAAGGCACAUUAGUUAAUUCUGAAUCAUUCUACAUAUGUUUCUAAUAUUAAUAUACUAAUAAUCAUUUUGAUAAUAGUAUUAUUUUUUUUUUUUCAUAAAAAUUGCGCGAUUGCUUUUAAUAAUUAUAAACAAUAUUGUUAUAUAAUUACUAUCUACUAACAGCCGCAAUUACACGUGGGCAUACGGUUGCAGAAGAUAAAUAACAAUAUAAAACUUGAAGCAAUCUUAAGAUAUCGCAGGUGAUCAAUUUAUAUUAAUUAUUUAUCUAACAUCUAUAUUAUUUUAUCGAAUAUAAACUUUAUAUGUUUUAUGAAUAGACAGUCGUUGUCCUUAUUAUAUUGGUGAAAUAGUGAUAUAAUGAAAAUGGCUUGAAGAUAAAAAAAUUUAUCAAGUUGUUAGAGCUUAAUUAUUAAAAAUUUUUCUUACUUAUAUAUUCUAAUUAUAUAGAAAAAGAAUUUCAUUAAUUAUAUAAAAUGAAAAACGAUAUAAGCAUAUAAUAUAGGUACAAUAAUUUGAUUAAAAUAAAGCAUGUAUUUCUUAAAAACA